ACAUCAACAACCCGGCAUGUAGAGGCUCGCUUGUAUAUCAAGCACUUGAACAGAAUUUGCCCCCACCUCCUCCUGUGCCUUUAUUUCCGCCCUCCAUAGUGUCAUCUGACCGUAGUCCAACCAGCAUUUCAGGCAGCCUGACUUGCAAUUCGAACUUGCCUAUUGGGCUUACCCAACUCGAUGCUCAGUUAUCGUCUGCUCCUGUAGCGAGCUUCGGAUUAUUUAUUCCGUCUGAGCCUCCACCUCUCCCUCCACCUCCCGUGCGCAAGGGACUUAUGAGGCAUGGAGCCUCAUCGCAAAUGCGUCUACAGCACCAAUAUAAAAAUCCUGAGGCUGCAUUCGAAGAGGAAGAAGACUCUUUGCCGUGGAAACAGGUCUCAUCGGCCUCUUCUAUAGCUGCUGGUCCCUCUUCCCUUGGUAUAUCCAGACCGCGAUCUGCUCGUCUUUCUAGUCGAUUGAAACGUUUUUCCUCAUUCUGGCGGAAUCUGUACAGUGGUGGCAUGCCCUCUGGCUCGAGUAAUUGCACGCAGACCCCUAGCUCAGGGGUCACAUCGACCUGGCAGCAAUCUCAGUCGGGAAAUGGACGGAUAAACUCUCCUUAUGGGCAGGAUUCUACCUCAUCAACUCUGGCUAGCCGGCAAGCACACAUUUAUAUUCAAUCUGAAUCAAAUUCUAACUCUACCUCAGCAGCUACAAGCAGCACUCCUAUGGGCCGAGCCAAUGAAUCCAUAUUGUCCGCUCACAUGGCUCAAUCGAGUAGUGGCAGCAGCUCCAGCACUACAGGCACAAUGGGAGCCAGUAGUGGAAGCAGCAGUGGCAGCCCGGUUCGUCUAUUGUUCCGCAGAUCCCCGAGUGGAGGCAGUGCCAGCGAUAGUGUUCAUGGCUGUGCUAGCGUUGACAUGCCUAUUGUACAUCCUGGACGCAAUCAUCGCCCAUCCCAGAAUAUGAUUAGUCAAUUAUCUCCAUCAAUUUCCAAUUUUGGCUGUCAAAAUGGAUCGGUUUCGAAUCAGAUGAUAGAUGGAAUUCCAGUUGCCCUUCAAUCUCACCAUUCAGGUAGCACUAGAUUUUAG